AUGCCGAAGUGUAAACGGUUUACUAAUCCCCUGAGAUCAGCUCCUCUACCUGAAAAUGGUUUUGAUCAGUCUAACGACGAGGUAUUUCACAAUUCACCUACGGAUAUCUCACCACCUAAUCAUGAUUCACCACCUAAUCAUGAUUCAGCAAUACAAAGCAAUCCGAAUAGUAAUAUGGAUCAUUCACUGCCUAACCAAGGAUCCCAAGAACAUACUAGGCCCUUUGGUGGACGUCAAUCUUCUGAAUAUUGGACCGUGGAGACAGUAGGCACAGAUGGAACUAUUAAGACUAGAAGGCUAAAAGUUAAAGAAAUGGAUAACUUAUCUAGAGAUGAGCAAGUUGUUGUGAACUUUGAAGAUCAACAAGCUAUUGGAGAAGCCCAAGGUUUGCUUGCUGGAUAUCUAGGGACAUUGGCAGUUGAUUGUAAGUUAUUUCCAAUCAAUUUCUCAAAGUGGUCAGGACCUUUAGGCAUACCUCGAUCUAGAUUUGAAGAGUGUUUUAGUAACUUGCUGAAGCCAAAAUUUCAUUUCAAAAUUUCUGAGGGCAUUGCAAAGCGAUAUUGCAAAUUGAGCCUUGCAAAAAAGUGGUCACAACAUAGAAUUAAGUUAUGGAAAGAGUUCUAUGAUCCAUGCAUGAGUAGACAAGCACUCAUUGAUAAUGUCCCAGUCGGCAUCGACAGAGAUCAAUGGGCAUCCUUUGUUCAGUAUCGAUUUCUACCUUCUACAAUGGAGAUGUGUAGGAGAAAUAAGGAAGCCCGCAAGAAGCAAACAAUUCCCCAUACUGGUGGCUCGAAACCCAUCUCAAGGAAAAGACAUGAAAUAUUUUUAGAAACUGGUCGAAAAAUUAGCCGUGGAGAAAUGUACAUAGAAACUCAUAAGAAGAGAGAUGGGUCGUUUGUGACUGAUGAAGCAAGGGAUAUAGCAGUAAGUUGUACUUUUUGGUCUAUUUUAGUACAAAGUGUUACUUCAAAAUCUGCCAAACCUUAA